CAAGCCUUCUUUGACUUUGACUUUAUCCAAACAUUGUCUUCUUUAGUUUGUGACUUGUGACUUCCUGUCCAAUGUCCAUAGCGCAGCAGCCAGCAGACGAUCCAUCUAUCUAUGGGCACUGUUAUCGACUCCCAUCUCUUGGCCAUAACUGCCAUUUUUACUGUUGCUUAUCAGUUGGUAUUCUUCAUAAUCACAGCUCUUCUGAAAUUUGAUAAAGUCACUGACUUUGCUGGAAGCACAAAUUUUGUUAUACUUUCCAUAUUAACCUUGGUUAUAAAGGAUUCAUGGCAUUUUCGGCAGGUGAUUCUAUCUCUGCUAGUUGUGAUUUGGGGUGUUCGGCUUGGACUGUUUCUGUUUGUGAGGAUAUUGCAAUGGGGGGAGGAUCGUCGUUUCGAUGACAAGCGGGACCAGCUCGGAAAAUUGGCAAUAUUUUGGACUCUUCAGGCCAUAUGGGUAUGGACCGUGAGUUUACCUGUGACAGUUGUUAAUGCGAGUGACAAUCAGCCGUCCCUCGAGGCCAGAGACAUAAUUGGAUGGAUUAUGUGGCUGUGUGGGUUUAUUCUUGAGGUUGUUGCUGACCAACAGAAGUUGGCAUUUAAGAAUGCACCAACAAACCAGGGAAAAUGGUGUGAUAUUGGAGUUUGGAAAUGCUCCCGCCAUCCCAACUACUUGGGUGAGAUUUUUCUCUGGUGGGGAAUAUUUGUGGCUUCUACUCCUGUCUUAGAAGGUGCUGAAUGGCUCGUUGUGUUUGGACCUGUUUUUAUUACCUCACUUCUGCUUUUUCUUAGCGGUAUACCAUUGCUUGAGGAAUCAGCUAACAAAAAGUAUGGAAAUCUUCCUGCAUAUCAAUCCUAUAAGAGAAAAACCAGCCCACUCAUUAUAAUGCCCACUAACAUAUACUCGAAGCUGCCAAACUGGGUCAAAGUAGUGUUCCUCUUUGAAUUUCCAAUGUACAGCCAUAAUCUACCCCAAGAACUGAGCUGAACAAGCAAUGGAGGGAAAGCUAAUGAGCUGAAGAUGAGUUAACUUAUUGGUUUUCAUGGACUUCCAUAUCAACUUCAUUGUUUAAACAAAUUUAUUUCUGUUGAUAAAAAUUAAUGUGCAUUGUUCAAACAAAUAACCUCUGAUGUUUUAUGAACUUUGAAGGAACAUGUAUUUCCAAAACAAAAAGCUACGUUUCUAUUUUCUUAUACCAUUGGUUAAUUGUCCUGGAUAUGUGUUUGGAGUUGAA